UUGGCUUCUUUACACUUAAAAAAUAGAUGCUUACUUUAAUACAGAUUUGACAGACAGAGUGCAUGUAACUGUUUAAUUUAUUGUUCAUUUUUUCAAUCAGUCAGGCAGUGGUUUAUUCAUUAAUUAAUUUAUUUUCAUUUAGAGCUUGCAAAGGGAAGACAGCAAUGGACUUAGUCUGCACUGAGGAAAUGAAACAAUUACUCACUUCACCCAUCAUCAAAGAAACCAAGCCUGUUACCAAUGGAACAACCAAUCAACAAGCUAUGGAUUCAGAGUCACUUCCAACUGAGAUGAGUAUUCUAGCACUAACUCCAGCAAGCACAGCCUCUUCUCUACUGUCCACACCAUCUUCCAAGUCCCAUCUACAGAUGCUGACAGGAAUGACCCCACCUGCCAACAGUGAGCCUCUGGACCCAACAUUUCUUCAUGUAUGGCCACACCCUCAGAGGAUCACUCAGAUUAAGGGUACCAGGUUUUUCCCGACAUCUGUCCUUCCUGUUGUGUUAUUCAGGGACUUGCAAUCAGAUCAUUUUCAGGAAAUUUGUGAGAUUUGGAACACUGUGAAUGAAAGUUUUGAACAAGUUGGUUACACCCUGGAUCUGAAGGUUGUGGGAGAAGGUAAAACUGGAGUGUUUUAAAAGUAUUUUUAUCCCUUGAAAAUGCUGCCUCACAUUCAGAUUCAUGAUUCAUGGCCACAUUGAAAAUUCUGGUCAUUAAUUGGUUAAAGCCGGCUGUCUCCUACAGUGAUGUUCUUGACAUGUUCUUCUACCAAAAGGGAAUGUUUAUGUACGAGGCUAAUUUUCCCCAGCAUUACAUCAAGUAAGCCCAUCAGGUU